AUGGAUUUCAAUCCAAACCACAAAUCUUCUAUUCUAAUUGAUCAAGUUCCUCUGAAUAAGGCAAGAUUAUCGUCUAGUUUGAACCCAUACUCGCCUCCAUCAAUAAUAUUUUCUUCAAGUUUAUUCUUAACCAUCCCCAGAAGAAAAGCCAUGUCUGGUAAGCUCGACCAUGUCCAUGCUAAUAGCUGGCAUGAUGCGAUGAAAGCAUCAUCUCCUCAAAAAAUCUUUGAUGAUGAUAUCAACUUUGAUGCUGCUUGUGAUGAAGCUGAUGCAGAGUAUCGCUCUUGGUUGUUUAAAUUUCCUUCAGCCCUAUCUUCUUUUGAGCAAAUAAAAAAUUAUGCCAAGGGAAAAAGGGUUGCACUCUUUUUGGAUUAUGAUGGAACUCUCUCACCUAUUGUGGACAAUCCUGAUCAUGCUUUUAUGUCAAGUGAGAUGCGUUCUGCUGUUAAAAAAGCUGCUAAGUAUUUUCCUACUGCCAUUAUAAGUGGAAGGAGUCGCGAUAAGGUUCAUGAAUUUGUAGGACUGAAAGAGCUCUAUUAUGCUGGAAGUCAUGGUAUGGACAUAGUUGGCCCAGUAGGAGAUUCUGAAAGUGUUAUCAACCAUUCAGGUUUCAUAAGAUCUACCAAUGAGCAGGGAAAGGAAGUAAACCUGUUCCAACCUCCAAGCGAGUUCUUACCGGUGAUCGACGAGAUUUGUAGAUCACUCGUAGAAAAUACUAAGGACAUUAUAGGCUCAAAUGUUGAGAACAAUAAAUUCUGUGUCUCUGUACAUUACCGCCUCGUAAAUGAGAAGGAUUGGGAUGUGAUUGCUCAGCGUGUGCUUGGUGUUCUCGAGAACUACCCUCAUCUGCAACUAACUUAUGGGCGGAAGGUUUUAGAAAUCCGUCCUAUAAUAGACUGGAAUAAAGGGAAAGCUGUUGAAUUCCUGCUUGAAUCCCUAGGGUUAAAUGACAGUGAUGAUGUGCUUCCUAUAUAUGUUGGUGACGAUCGCACUGAUGAGGAUGCUUUCAAGGUUUUAAGAGAAAGGAACAAAGGCUAUGGCAUUUUGGUUUCUUCCAUUCCUAAAGAAACUAAUGCCCAUUACUCUCUGAGGGAUCCAUCCGAGGUCAUGGAAUUUCUUAGAUCUCUGGCGAGAUGGAAAAAAUCUGAAGUUGCAGCCCACUGA